GCGGAGCUCUGGAGGUGGCGGGAAAAGAGCGCCCGGAAGGGGCCCGGCCGCCGAGCCCACCUUAGCCCACCGACAAGCCGCGUCUCCGCCGUCUCCGCCGCCAGGCCGCCCGCGCCAUGCCCGCCGCCGGCUCUGAGCUGCCGUCGCCGCCCACGGCGCAGGAGCAGGGCGCCGAGGCGCGGCCGCCCCACGGGGAGCUGCAGUACCUGGGGCAGAUCGAGCACAUCCUGCGCUGCGGCUUCAGGAAGGAGGACCGCACGGGCACCGGCACCCUGUCGGUGUUCGGCAUGCAGGCGCGCUACAGCCUGAGAGAUGAAUUUCCUCUGCUGACAACCAAACGUGUAUUCUGGAAGGGUGUCUUGGAGGAGUUGCUGUGGUUUAUCAAGGGAUCCACAAAUGCUAAAGAACUGUCUUCCAAGGGAGUGAAAAUCUGGGAUGCCAAUGCAUCCCGAGACUUUUUGGACAGCCUGGGAUUCUCCACCAGACAAGAAGGGGACCUGGGUCCAGUUUAUGGCUUCCAGUGGAGGCAUUUUGGUGCAGAAUACAAAGAUAAGGACUCAGAUUAUUCAGGUCAAGGAGUAGACCAACUGCAGAAGGUGAUCGAUACCAUCAAAACCAACCCUGAUGACAGAAGAAUCAUCAUGUGUGCCUGGAAUCCCAAAGACCUUCCUCUGAUGGCGCUGCCCCCGUGCCAUGCCCUCUGCCAGUUCUACGUGGUGAAUGGGGAGCUGUCCUGCCAGCUGUACCAGAGGUCGGGAGACAUGGGCCUGGGCGUGCCCUUCAACAUCGCCAGCUAUGCCCUGCUCACCUACAUGAUCGCGCACGUCACCGGCCUGAAGCCAGGUGAUUUUGUACAUACUUUGGGAGAUGCUCAUAUUUACCUGAACCACAUUGAGCCUCUGAAAACUCAGCUUCAGCGAGAACCAAGACCUUUCCCAAAGCUCAAAAUUCUUCGAAAAGUUGAGACGAUUGAUGAUUUCAAAGCUGAAGAUUUUCAGCUUGAAGGGUACAACCCACAUCCAACUAUUAAAAUGGAGAUGGCUGUUUAGUGUGUUUUCGCAAUGGUUGUUGGAAGGAUAUUAUCAGUCUUCAGGGGUUGGGCUAAAGGUGAAAGUUCUUUUUGCUCUAAAGGAGAAAGAAACUAGGUAAGAAAUCCAUCUGAUCUUUCACUUAUUAUUCAUUAACUUCUAAGAAUGUUGCCACUGGCAAAUAUAACUUUGGUUCUUUGAGUAACAAAAAGAUGAACCUGUUUAACUCUGAGAGUGUAGGAAAAUGCUGAAUUUAUGAAGUGAGGAGUAGAAAUGUAUAUACUCUUGAAAUAUGUACAUAUAUUUUGAUCUUGUCUUUAUGAAAAAAGGUCAGUAAGUUUCAAGAAUUGUGAAUUCCUCCAAAUUUGAGUGAGCUCAUUGACACUGCCAAUCAUGAUGUAUAAUGUGGUUAUAACAUUUAAAGUUACAUUUGUUUUAUAUAUUGCUAUAAUAAAGUGUUUGUAUUUGUCCA